GUCCUCUGUAACACCUAAAAGUCAACUGACUUGCACAAUGUUUGACUGUUCUCCACCGUGCGAAACAUUGCGUCGCACUCGCUCUGCUCACAAUUUGAGCCAUGGACUUCAAUAUGCCUGGCUGCCCAAUGCCCCGACCGGAGGACCACAACGAGACCUUGGUGAAGGCUCCCAGGAAGCACGUUUGUUCCAUCAUGUACCAGCCGGCGCCCCCGGAUCCUGUACACGCUUUGUCUGUUCUGACUGCUGUCUCCCCUCAUCACCUGCUUUUCUGCAGUGCUUCUACCGGGUGAAUGGCGAUUAUCUCCGGCCGUAUUCCCGCUUCAUUAGAGAAUCGUACGAUGAUGAUGUUCUGUGCGACGGC